AAAGCGUCAGAGGCGUCAUAGAUAAGAGAGGCGUUACGUUUAGUAGCUGGCUACGGUUAAUAGUUGUUCUUUACAAAACAUUAGAGAAAAAAUUUCGAGAUUUAUAUGAAUUUGCAGAAGUUCUACUUUUAUAUGUGCAGUCAAAAUAAGAGGUAACAUAAGAUAAUUGCUGGAACAGAGCAGAGAGACUACUACACAUUGUAGAUAUCAAAAUUUAGGUUUUAUAAACCUGAAACAUUACAGUGUAAUAAAGCAGAUACUAUUCAGAAAGUUGAUAUGAUGACCGACAGUUUAAGUACAAAUAACCACUUGUCGUCAUUGUCGACAAAAAUAGAUGAUAAAACAGAUGAUAUUGGCUGGAAAGCAAAAUUAAAAAUACCUCCAAAGGACAGAAGAAUAAAAACAAGCGAUGUAACUGAAACGAGAGGUAAUGAGUUUGAAGAAUUUUGUUUAAAACGAGAACUUCUGAUGGGUAUUUUUGAAAAGGGUUGGGAAAAGCCUUCUCCAAUUCAAGAGGCAUCUAUUCCUAUUGCUCUAUCAGGAAAAGACAUUCUAGCUCGUGCUAAAAAUGGCACAGGAAAAACGGGGGGAUACUCUAUCCCUGUUUUGGAGCAAGUUGAUACAACAAAAGACUGCAUUCAAGCAUUAAUAAUAGUCCCAACAAGAGAACUUGCUUUACAAACAUCACAAAUUUGUAUCGAGUUGGCAAAACAUAUGAAUGUACGGAUAAUGGUUACUACUGGAGGUACAAAUCUACGUGAUGAUAUUAUGCGUAUAUACCAAAAAGUACACGUAAUUAUCGCUACACCUGGUCGAAUACUUGACUUAAUGGAUAAAGGGGUUCCCAAUAUGGAUCUGUGUCGAAUAUUAGUAUUGGAUGAAGCAGAUAAACUACUGUCUCAAGAUUUUAAAGGUAUGUUGGAUCAUGUGAUAUCAAAAUUGCCGAAAGAAAGGCAAAUAUUACUAUUUUCUGCCACAUUUCCAUUAACUGUGAAGCAAUUCAUGGAAAAACACCUAAGAAAUCCAUACGAAAUAAAUCUAAUGGAAGAAUUAACUCUUAAAGGAGUAACACAAUAUUACGCAUUCGUGCAAGAAAGGCAGAAAGUUCAUUGUCUCAAUACACUUUUUUCCAAGUUACAAAUCAAUCAAAGUAUUAUAUUUUGCAAUUCUACCCAAAGAGUAGAAUUAUUGGCUAAAAAGAUCACAGAACUUGGAUAUUGUUGCUACUACAUACAUGCAAAAAUGGCACAAGCCCAUCGCAACAGGGUAUUUCACGAUUUCAGGAACGGGCUGUGCCGAAAUUUAGUUUGUUCUGAUCUAUUCACAAGAGGGAUUGAUGUGCAAGCGGUCAAUGUUGUAAUAAACUUUGAUUUUCCAAAAAUGGCAGAGACAUAUUUACACCGAAUUGGCAGAUCUGGCAGAUUUGGACAUUUAGGUAUUGCCAUCAAUUUAAUUACAUACGACGACAGAUUUGCUUUGCAUCGCAUUGAACAAGAGCUAGGUACAGAAAUCAAACCUAUUCCGAAAGUGAUUGAUCCUGCCUUGUAUGUAACAAAUAUGGAGGAUGAACCUCACGAAGAAAAGUAAUGUCGUCAUACUAGGCUAGUGUACAGUGAACACCUUUCGUGUAUAAUACUGUUUUUGUUACCUUUUAAAGAACUAACAUUCUUCUAUGGAAUUUAUCUGCUUUGUCAGUGGAAACGUCCGAAUGAAUUUUGUUCAUUUGUAGAACGGUGUUACUUAAUUUAUUAUAUAAGUUGCGCUUUUAUAAGUUACAAAAAAAAAUGGAACGUAAAAUUCAAAAUUUCUAUUUUUACCAGUAGAGAUGAGAUGUAUCGUGACAUUAAAAUUUUUUUUUUGUAAUUAUAGACUCAAUCUACUUUUAAUCAACUGGUAAGCUACAAAAUGUGCUUUAAUUUUACGUUUCAUUUUUCACUCGGCUCAUUUUUACGUUGUGACUUCCACCAGAAUCUCCCAUAAUGUAAAAAUUGGGCUUUUCAACGUAAAAUCAGGCUACGGAUCUCAUUUAUUUAUUCAACAUGAGUUGCGGUCUAAAGUUAUUAGAACUUCUUAUACAGCAGUGAUUAGACGAUAAAUAAUAGAAUAGACUGAAAUUGUUGAUGGAACAUUUACAUGAGAAGUGAAGAUAUGCUGCCGCUUUAGGCGUUAAUCGAUUAUUUUUUCAAAGGAGAUUCACUAGCUAGUUUCGCUACUGUUGAAACUAGACUUACGCAUUAUAAUCAAAGGAAGAAAUUAAAUUUUCUUCUUAACAACCAUUCUUUACAUAGAACUGGUAUGAAUCUUUGUGAAAUUACGGGCCUACAUUUAGGGAUUUGACUAUAAAAUUAUUUUAGGCCGUAGUACAAGUUUUUAUUGAGGUCAAUAUUAAAAAUAAACAAAUUAUUCAAAAUUGGGAGGGGAAGUUGUAAUACUCUAGUAUGUUGCUUUUAUGUCAUUCAGUUUGGAAUUGUAAUUUAAUUUUAUAUGAACUAGAAAAUACUAAUCUUUUAUAAAAGCACCAUACUGGAUAAUUAUUGUAUAAUAAAAAAAUGUGAAGAGAUCGUAAAAUUUACAUCGCAUAUAAGAAUUUUGAUAUUUUUUUGUUUGAUAUUUUUGGGACAGACAUUUAGGUUUUCUUUUAUCAAAAACAAUAAAUUCUAAGUGCAGCUAUCUGACAAAAAUCCUAAUGUUAUACAUUCUUUUUCAAAUUCGUUGUAUAAUAAAUAAUGUGUAUUUAUUAUUUAAGUAAAUAUCUGCACUUAAAUUUUACUUCAAUUACACAAUUUUUUUUAAUUAUUUUAUGUUCUUAUUUUGAGUCUUUUAUUUAAAAAUUUUUUGUACUAUAAAAUGAUGUAUUCAAAUUAUGCCUAGUUAUUAAUAAUUAUUCGAAAUUUUCUCAAGCUGAAAUUUAUUAUAUAAAAAAAAAAUAAAUUCUCUUCGCAA